CAGUACCGUAACAUACUAUUGUUUUUUUUAUGUACUUUUAUGCAUUUAGAAAUGGUGCAUGUAACAAAGUUAGUGACAAAGGCGUUUAUACAAGCGUUAUAGUGCUUUAAAAUAGUGCAGUGCCUCUAAAAAAGACUCGGAAAAUAUGGAAAACACCUCACAGUCCUCUAGUAACCCCAUUCCUCAGGGGUGUGGCCCAAAUACCCAAAUAAAUAUACAUGUGAGCCCCACAACGGGGGGUGAUUUCUACUUGAGUGUUGAGCCGGACAUUACCGUUGAAAAUCUGAAAAAACUCGUUUCUAAAAGACUCAAAGUGCCCAGAGACAGAAUAUGUUUACUGUUCAGAGAUAAGCAAUUGCAGGAUGGAAAUUUGGUGCAACACGGGAUUUCAGAUGGGUCUAGGAUUACUCUAUUACCGAAUGUUGAGACUGGACUUAUAACACAACGGCCAGAGAUUGGCAUCAUGCAAGCCCUUGAAUCUCUCAACGAUACUCAAGUCAAUGAGUUCCUCUGUGGCAAGGCGCCCCUGAACCUCAGCAUGCGACUCGGGGAUCACAUGAUGCUCAUUCAACUGCAGCUUAGUACUGUGUCUGGUGCCAAACCCACAGCCGCGCCCUCGGCCUCGACAUCCUCCGCCGGGACAUCUCAGCCCCCUUCCAGCCCUCCGAGCUUGCUGCAGGCCUCCAGAAAUCUGCAGCACACCCUUCGAAGACUGUCCGCCGAUGUGUUUUCUGGCAGGGAUAGAGGUCGAAGGGAAAGUGUGUACUCGGGCACAUUCAGCGGAGCCCUAAACCCAGCCCUGCAGGACCCGAAGGGCCGGCCACGACGCGACGUCGCCACAAUCGUACAUAUUCUAAAUGAUCUCCUUUGCUCAGUGCCGGAACUGCGGCGGGUGAACCGUAAGGGUUCCGAGAAGCCCCUGACUCCCACCCCCGAGCAACAGGACGAACCGACCGCGUCGACGUCCUGCAGCGAGGAUCAGAACUUGCGCACCCGCGGCAAGCUCGAACACCUACGGUUAGUCAUGGGGGAGAGGAGGGAGCGCAGGAGACAGCGCAAGCAAAAACCUUAUUCGCUACCUCAGAGUGACACCGAUACCGUUACUGCAUGAAGUCCAGCUUCGUUGUAUAUAGGUUUUCAGUACUGAAGCUGCCCAGUGGACGUUUUUCUUUUAGUUUUAAUUUCGAGUGGUCGAGUUUUAUAACCUCAAAUUCAUUCGGUCGUUACGGAUCGUCGAAAUUACCGUUUACCGAGAUUGAUUGGGUGGAUGAGGAUUGGAGUAAACCAAUAGGUUUAAUUGUGUUAAUUAGACGAACAAUUUUUAUUCUUCUCGUAGGUUCUGUCGCAAUGCGUUGUUACAUGGGGAUAUUUCUUCUGCGUCGUUUAACGACUGUAAUACAAGGCGUUAAUUAAGUACUUUGAUAAACUUUAAGGUGUGAUUCUUUGGAUGGAAAUCGAUAGUUUUCGAGAUACAGGAUGUUGAAAUUUGAACAAGUUUGAAAUUUUCUUAAAACACCUCUGAAGAUGUUUGAAGCAGAAUGAUGAAACUUGGUCUAGAGUUUUAUCUAAUUGAAGGUAAAAAUCCACUGAAUUCGGAUAUAAAUACUUGUACCAGUGGCAGAGACACCAGUGGAUUUUUUCCUUUAAUUAGGUCUUUAGCUUAAGUUUUGUCAUUCCAUAUCAAACUUCUUCAGAGAUAUUUUAGAAAAGAUGAUUUUUUUUUUAUUUUAAUACUGUACUUCAAAAACUAUCGAUUUGCGACAUGUUUUGUCUCAAAAUCACUCAAAGAAUCAAUCGCUCUUUAAAGUUUCUCGACGUACUUCAUUAACACCAUUGCUUUUCUGCAUUAUAAUCAAAUUAUUUGUGUUUCAAGUUAUCGUAAACGGUUUGGAAAUGUUUCUUUUUGAAAUAAUGGAACGAAAGAACGCCCGCCUUACUGAAUAUAUUUUUUUUAAUAAAGUAAGCUGGAAGCGUCAACAUUAUUUUAUUUAAAACAAAGAGUUAAUGAUAUGUGAUAAAUAUUUAAACUUAUUUGAGGGUUGGAAUUAAUUAUUUUUCAAUUAAUUCACGUAAUUCGAACAUUUCUUGAAAUCGAUUUGAAAUAUUACAUAAGAGUGGAAUUAAAAACAAAAUAAUAAGCGCCAUCGCAGAAAUAAACGUAUUACCAUCUUCCCAAACUAUAUUUUAAAUGCCGGAAGACGCUUGUAGCGGGCACAAAAGUACAUAAAAAUUUAGGAGUAUGCAAGGAAUAAAGACAAAGUAAAAUGAAUUCGCGUAGGUUGAGAUAGACUAUUUCUUCUGUAGAUAUUCUACACUUUGGACAUUAUUAAGUGAGUUCGGCAAAUAUCUCUUGGGGAAAAACUGGGAGCUAGUGGAUUUUGAAUCAUGCGUCAAGAAGUUUCGUGUGCCGAGUGAUAGAGGGUCGAGCAAGGGAGUUGAAGAACGCAAACAACGACAAUGCAAUAUAAAUCUAAUCGUCAAACGAUUGCGAAGUAAAAUGUACCUCUAGAUAUAUUUGCCGAACACCGCGAUUUAGUGUGAGCAUAUCUACAAUACAAUCAUUCUGUAGAAAGAAGUAUGUAUUAAGUUGAUAAAGUACGAGUCGAUGUUAACCUUUAGUUUUUCCCAAAACUGUGACUUGUAACGAUUAGUGGUAGCGGAGAUAUUGGAUGUAUUGGGUAUUAGGGGAUUUCAAAUUAUAAAGUUUAGUUUUUAUAUGAUCCACAUGUCAUUUAUGCAGGGUUAUCCGAAAGUCCCGAUAUGGCAGAAAAACUUUCGAAGAAAGCAUUUUGGGAAAAAAUGUUUCAGACAAAAGUGUAAGGAUUUUUCCCUGGUUAUCUGAUG